CGAAGGUACGGGAGGUGAAAUUCCGCGAAAUGAUGACAACAGUUUGUGGGACGAUGAAAACGUGAAGAUACGGCUGUCCAGCUCCCUUGAAUGAACACAGAAGGUACCAUCAUUCGUUGAAGAAAAAGCUGGAGCCCCGUAAGGAACGGCCGCGCAGAAGCAACCAGAAGCCAUGCACAAAUAUCGCCUUGUGGCGAAGAAGGGCGAGGGCACCUUCUCGGAGGUGCUGAAAGCCCAAUGCAUCAAGAAUAGCAAGUAUGUGGCAAUCAAGUGCAUGAAGAAUCACUUUGAUAGUCUUGAGCAGGUGAACAAUCUUCGAGAAAUUCAAGCCUUGCGGAGGCUCUCGCCUCAUGCAAAUGUGAUCAAGCUCCUGGAAGUUCUUUAUGAUCAACCCACUGGCAGGCUAGCACUUGUGUUUGAGUUGAUGGAUAUGAACAUAUAUGAGCUCAUUAGGGGAAGGAGGCAUUAUGUUGCUGAAGAGAAGACCAAAAACUAUAUGUACCAGCUCAUGAAAGCUAUGGACCAUGUGCAUAGAAACGGCAUCUUCCAUCGCGAUAUCAAGCCAGAGAAUAUUUUGAUUAUGGAAGAUAACCUCAAGUUGGCUGACUUUGGGAGCUGCAGGGGUAUUUAUUCCAAGCAGCCAUACACAGAGUACAUAUCAACGCGUUGGUAUCGAGCACCAGAAUGUUUGCUCACGGAUGGCUACUACAACUACAAGAUGGACAUGUGGGGUGUGGGCUGUGUUUUUUUCGAGAUUGUCAGCCUCUUUCCUCUUUUCCCUGGAACAAAUGAGCUGGACCAGAUACACAAGAUCCACAACAUACUGGGCACACCCCCACCUGAGGUUCUUGAGAAGAUGAAGAGGAGGUCACAGCAUAUGGAUUUCAGCUUUCCACCGAAAGAGGGUAGUGGAAUUGAAAAGCUCAUUCCUCAUGCACAGCCAGAAUGUGUUGAGCUAAUCAACAAGCUUUUGGCAUACAAUCCCGAUGAACGAUUGUCAGCGAGGCAGGCCCUAAGGCAUGCCUACUUCAAGGAGUUGCGUGAGAAUGAAAAACGGCAGCAAGCUGCAGCUAAUGCCGAAGCAUCUGUCAGCAUCAAUCCUUCACCCAGGUGCCGUCUCUUGGGAGCUCCUUCUCUCGGUCAGUCGAUCUGUCCGUCAGUCGGUUGUGGAUUUGUGGGUGCGUUCUCAUGUUACACAAUAAGUUCUCCAUCUGCAGGACGAACAGGAGGGGUGCCAAGGGGCACCCCUGACGCAGUGAUCUAGUUAAGGCGAAGGGUUCCUUCCGAUAGGUUCCCAUUCACCAUAACUGACCCUGUGGAUAGGGAGUAUAAUGCAGACACCCAAUUUCAUAGAUUCU